CCCACUUACAGUUUUGACAUCAUGUGCAAUACUACACUGUCAGUGAGCAUCUCAGCCCACAACUGUGUAGCAUGCAGUGAUUUCUUUCAACUUCAGAUACAGUAUGAUCAAGACUCAGCUGGUGAUAGACUGGAGCCAGACUACAACAUGGAGAACAACCCACUGUAUGAGAUGGGGAUACUGUCAAAUGAGGGACACUCACACAAGACACAAACACCGGCUCCAGUCCUUGUGUAUGAGACUGUUGACAGUGUUGCUCUAUAACACUUGUCUUUUUCUAUUGUUGAGAGUAUCAAUACUGCUA